CAACAAGGGAAGGGUGCCUCUCCCUCUCGACAUCGCCUCUCUCUCUCUCCCGCCGCCGCCGAGAUGAGCGACUACGGCCACGGCGCGCCGCGGGGGCCCAAUCAGGAUUCCCGCCCCAGGGGCCAGGGCCAGCGCCCCAACGUCCAGCAGCUCAAGCUCAUGGGGCAGAUCCACCCGACGGGGCUCACGCCGAACCUGCUCAAGCUCUUCGAGCCGCGACCGCCGCUCGAGUACAAGCCGCCGCUCGAGAAGCGCAAGUGCCCAGCGUACACUGGGAUGGCACAAUUUGUGUCGCACUUCGCCGAGCCCGGGGACCCGGAGUACUCCCCGCCGGUGCCCAAGUGCGAGACAAGGUCUGAAAAGAAGGCUAGGAUUCGCAUGAAUAAGCUUGAGCAAGGUGCAGCUAAGGUUGCUGAAGAAAUUCAGAAAUAUGACCCGCAAAGUGACCCCAAUGCCACUGGAGAUCCGUACAAAACACUCUUUGUUGCAAGACUUAAUUAUGAGACGCCUGAGCAUAAGAUUAAACGGGAGUUUGAAGCUUAUGGUCCUAUUAAAAGGGUGCGGCUUGUAACUGACAAGGAGACUAGUAAACCUAGAGGAUAUGCAUUCAUCGAAUUUAUGCACACUCGGGACAUGAAAAAUGCUUACAAGCAGGCAGAUGGGAGAAAAGUGGAUGGCAAGAGGGUAGUAGUUGAUGUGGAGCGUGGUAGAACUGUUCCAAAUUGGCAUCCCAGGAGAUUGGGUGGUGGACUUGGAUCAAGCAGGAUUGGUGGUGAGAAUGCUGACAAGAAGGAUUCCGCUAGGGAGCAACAGCUUGCUGUGCGUCCCAUAUCAGAGGAGCCUAGGAGGGAUGAUCGUCGUGCUGAUAGCUUCAGGGAUCGGGAGAAGUCUCGUGAAAGUGUACGUGAAAGAGAUCGUGAUGAGAGAACCCGUGAACGCUCACACGACCGUACACGUGAUCGUGAUUCAAGAGAAGAGAAGCACCACCAUAGAGAUCGUGAUCGGCCUCGGGACAGGGAGCGAGGAAAGGACCGGGAAAGAGACCAUGGGCGUGACCGCGACCGUGAUCGUCGUGACAAAGAUAGGGACAGGGAUCGUGGUCGGGACUAUGAUAGAGAGAAGGACCGUGAUCGUUCUCAUGAUCGCCAUCGUGAGAGGGGCAAGGACCGUGACAAAGAUUAUGAGCGCGCCAGUCGUGAACGGGACCGUGGUCACGUGCAUGAUAGGGAAGCUGACUAUGCCAAUGGUGGGCCAAAACAUGACAAAAGUUUGUUACAUUAUGGGCAGGAUUAUGGCUAUAGCCAAUAUGAGCAACACAAAGGUCACGACCCCUAUGGUUAUGAUCAAGAUGGACGUGGGCAUGAAAGUGAGCGCUCAAAGCGGCAUGAGCGUGAGUACUAUCGUGUUGACUCGUACGGUAAGAUGGAAACCAACUAUCAGGGGCAACCAAACAAUGCUGAACCUGAUGGCCCUGAGGAAGGGGAGGCAUACGAGGAAGGUGCCUACCAGUAUCAGCAAGCAGGUGAACGCAUGAAUGAAACUUGAGGGCGGCAGUAAGAUUUCUGCUUAGUGCUUGUUGAGGAUGCAUGUCGGCGGAAGGAUGCAGAAGCAUGUCUACUUGUUGAGUCAUGCUUGGGCUCUGGUGUUUGCGUGAGAUAUGGAUUUUUUUUACGCCUGUGACUGUCUGUUCUUUUCUGGAAUAAGAUGUUUGUGUAAUCAGAUUGCGGGGGGAGCAGUACUGUUGCCCUCGCCCUAUUUUCUGUUGAAGUUUUGUAUGGCAAACGUGUAAACUAUUUUGUUUCGUUUUAACAAAAUUGGACAUAGCAUAUUUACAGUGA